AUGGCAGCAACAUCAGUCUCAGCGCCGAAACAUCCCAACAUCACGGCCGAUUUCCUCGACCACUCCCAAAAGCUACAGCUUCUACACAACAAACUUAAUCCACUACUUCCCUACACCAUCACCCUGAGCCGCUGGAUCCAAUUUCACCACCGAAAGCCAUCGCCCACUUCGCAGACUUUCAUCGCCCUGACCAACACGGACGACUCAUCCUCAAGGAUCACCGACUGGCUUUCUCAACCCUCACAUUCGCCUUCACCACCAGCAGCCGAACCAUGGCUAGCAGCCCACAUCGACCUCGCGCCCGCCGGGCAAACCCAAGUUAUCGUCUUCGCCUCCUGGGAGAUCCCUUUUGACCAGCGGACCCCCUUCACCAACCCUCCACCCAGCCCAAUCACCUCACCACCCACGCCCUUCAUCCCCAGUCCAACUCACGCCGCCCUCCUGCAUGCCCUUCUCACUCACCUCGCCGACCGUCUCAUCCCUCAGCGCCCCACCUCGCCGCCUGAGGACUGGAUCUGGCUGCGCGACAACAAGAAGUAUCUAUCCCAGCCGUACUCACCCAACAAGGUCCUCUUCGGGAGCGUUCAUUCUGUGCUUGUGCCGUAUUUCGAGGCAAAUGGGGUUGCGAGGCGAGAUGGGAUGUAUGUCAAGGUAGUGAUGCCACCGCAGAUUGGCUCAGCAGUCGACGGCGAAGGGUACAGACUUCCAGAUGGGUACUCGUUCGGCACACUCACCACCUCCGAACUACAGACGGUACUCGACAGAAGUCCCAUCCCACGGACGCUGACUACAUUGAAGGCGAUUACAAAUCUGGGAAUCUACUACCACGACCCCUCGGUUAAUGACAACACCUCGUCCGAGUGCAUCGCAUGGGCCUUCCUCGGCAAAGAUGGCAGCCUGUCGAGCAUGCAUGUCGAGCCCGCGCAUCGCGGGAAAGGUCUGGCUACGUUGCUGGGAAGGGCUUUAUUGCCGAAAAUUGAGCAAACGUUUAGACUGUCAACGUCUGAUCCUGUGAGCGAGCGCACAGUAGCAGAUGAUCGAGAAAGAGUUGAGUCAACGCAGUGGUACGGACACGCGGACGUGGACACAGCCAAUACGUCGUCUCGGAGGGUCAUGGAGAAAUUGGGUGGCAGAGUAUGGUGGGGGGUGCAGUGGAUUGAAAUUGAUGUGCCUGUGAUACUGAAGGCACUGCAGCAGCAUGUAGAGCAACAAUAA